AAACAGUAAGUGGCAUUUAGAUUUAAUUUAGGGCAUUCUAAUUUGAUUGUAAUAUGUUUACAUAGAGAAAUGUUAUACUACAUUUUUAUACUUAUGUGAACAUCACUAACGUAACCAUGUUAAUUUAUACAUAAAUGAGUAUUUUGAAGGGCUAAUAGGAAGAGUCAAAUCGAUCACAGAACAACCGACCACAUCUCUAGAUAGGCCUGAGUUACAACGUGGCUGCAUUAGCAGAGCUGGACAGAUGAUAAAAAAAAAAAAAAAAAAAAAAAAAAAAAAAAAUCUCAACUUGGCUUUCUUUUCCCCAACAACAAAACGCAGUAUCAAUUAAGAGCGAGUGAAUGGUGCAGCAGCAGCAGCAGAGUUAUGGAAUUAUGCAGUCAAAGAAAAGGGCACAAGUGACAGGGGUUUGUUUGUUCCAGAGGGCACACCCCCAUACAUUGACAGAUCGUCUACAACGCACCUCACAUGCACGCCAUGCGGGAUGGCCAGACUUUGCGCCUUACAACACCAUUCACAUCGGAGCUGCCACACCAGAAAUUCCCCCCAGCGCUUAUCGAACAACUGAAACCCGCUGGCAGAUUGGUGAUCCCUGUUGGGAACGUAUACGAGGAACUGAAAGUUGUGGGCAAGAACGCAGAUGGCACGUUCAAUAUCCAGAGCGAGACGGCUGUUUGUUACAUGCCAGUGCCACUGCAGCUCUGGGGGUGCUAACUUUACGUGCGUGCCGUGUGUAUAUAUAUGAUAAUUAACUUAAUGUAUAACUAUGCCUGCAUACAUGAAAAACUAUGUUGCCAAGUCUCUUUUAAAUGCGAAAUUUCUCGUCCGACUAC